CACCUCUUUGCACAUAUCAACCCUUGACUAGUCUCCUCUUGACUCUCAUCAAAAAACCUCUCUCACUAUCUUUGUGGCCUUUCAAGUUUCAAACAUUUCCUAAUAUUUUCCCUUCUUUUAUUACCUCCUCAAGACCUUAGUUUAUACUCAAUAAACAUCCACUUUAACACCCUAAACUAAGCAAUGGCAUCCAAUUCAAUGUCCUCCUCUAACUCAUGGACUGCAAAAGAGAACAAGGCCUUUGAGAGGGCUCUUGCUGUGUAUGAUAAGGACACCCCUGACCGUUGGCACAAUGUCGCUAAGGCUGUUGGUGGGAAAACACCAGAAGAAGUGAAAAGGCACUAUGAACUUCUUGUGGAAGAUGUCAAGCAUAUUGAGUCAGGCCGAGUUCCCUUCCCCAAAUACAAGACAACUGGUGGGAGUAGCCAAGCAAAUUAACACCGAUGGGGAAAAGAGGAUGAGAAACCUCCAUUGAAGUGUAAUAGCCAUAUCAGCAAGAAUAAGGAUCUAUCAGUCUGCUCUACCUAAGAUU